UCCACUCUUCCCCAUCCAACCAAACCCUCGCCUCCGCCGCAGGCCGCACCAUCAUCGUGCCGCCGCCGCCGGCGCUGAUGGACCGGCACGUGAAGGAUUCCUUCCGCCGCCUUCCGCCGGAACUCGUCGAGGAGGUCCUCCUCCGCCUUCCGCCGGACGAGCCCGCCUGCCUCGUCCGCGCCUCCGCCGCCCUCAAGCCCUGGCGCCGCAUCCUCGCCAGUGCGGGCUUUCGCCGCCGCUACCGCGAGUUCCACGGGACACCUCCCGUCCUGGGGCUUAUCCAAGAGGACGCCAGCUUCCUCCCCAUAGCCUCCCUCCCCGCCCAGCCUGAUCGCCCCCGCCGGACCGCUCUGACGGCCCUGGACUGCCGCCGGGGUCGCUACCUAUUCGACACCUACAACCGGUACUUCAGGGUAGGGGAGACCGUCCGCAUAACGGUCGCGGACCCUCUGACGAGCCACGAGUGCCGCUUGGGCACACCGUUGCACGAUGGCGUGCUCUGGUUCAGCGCGGCGGUGCUCUGCGCCACACAAGGCUGCGACCACCACGGUUGCCUGGGAGGGCAUUUCCGUGUGGUCAUCGUAGCCACCAAUCAGAAGUGAACAGUCACAUCGGGCUGGCUGUACUCAUCGGAGACUCGCGUGUGGAGCGAUCUCACCUCUGUUCAUCACCCCAAUGUCACCAAAUAUAGCUACGACCGUGGUUCGCCUAGCGUUCUUGUGGGUGAUACACUCUACUUCGACUUGGAUGGUGUUAUUGAGUGCCAACUUGGCACCCUAAGCUUGUCAAUGUUUGAGAGGCCAACCGAUGGCAAGGGGCGUCUUAUGACGGCGGAAGACGGCGGGCUGGGAUUCGCUGCCGUGGUUGAUGUCACAAAUCUAACCCUGUGGUCAAUGCAUACCGGAUGGGAGGCAGCCAUGGGAUGGGCAAAACUCAGGGUAAUCGACCUUACAACGCUGCUCCCUGACGAGGCCCUCUCGAUGCCGGCACCUGAAGAUGGGAUUAGUGGCAUCGCGGAGGGCACCCAAAUCAUUUUUCUGAGCACAUCUGUUGGUACCAGCAGAAUUGUGUUUCCCUACAUGAG